UUGUAAAUUUUCUUCUCUUCAUUUUUUCCUUUAUUUUCCCGUACCUGAAACCGCGAGAGUGUACAAUCGUAAUCAUGAUCGGUGCUCUUGGUUUUCCUCGAACACGCGAUUUCCACGCAGGCUGACAAUUUUUUUUACGAUCACCGCAAUGAAUUUAACAUUCGGUGUGCGUUCGCGUGUUGCACACCUACGUUUGCUUGAAUUUUUAAAGCAAAUCGCUCACUACUGCACCGGUCUGCAAGGUAAUCGAUUUAAGGGAUACGCUUUUCGUAUUUUCUUUUUCCUACGUUACAAGCAACUGGAAAGGCACAGCAAUUGCGUACAUAAUAUAGACGCAGGUGCAAAUAUUUAAUGACUGUAAGGGAAGAAGCAGAAUGUGUUCUUUUGUUUCGCCUUCUCUCGAGACUUUCCAAUUCAUACAGACACGCGUAGUUUUACACAUCGUACGAUUGAGCUUUAUACGAUUCGAUAACAUCGGACUUUUCAGUAACGCGAGUUAUACAUAUAUCCUCUUUUUAAGAAAAGAACAGUGAACGAAUAUAAAAGGAAACAAAAAAAAGUAUGGAACAAAUACCUACGAGCACCAUCAACCGAUCUAUAGAAAUUCCGCUUCGCAUUUUUGGUAUCUGGCCGGGUUUACCGUAUAUUUCAUUCUGUAGAUUGUUUUGGACGACUACACUAGUGGCCGUUCAAUCCUUUCAAUAUCGAUAUCUUGUUACGUACUUAUACACCGUCGAUUUUUCCGAUCUGAUGGACGGCUUAAGUGCAACCUUGAGUUUUAGCCAGUUUUUUUCUAAACUCAUCAUUUUCUGGCUCAAACAGCGAACAUUUGUUAAGAUAUUGGCAAUGAUGGCAAUGGACUGGAAAAAAAUGAGCAGUGACGACUUUAGCACACGUGUGACAAUAAGCAAAGCCAUUCUGUCGCAUAAUUUCGCUAAUUUCGUCUUUGGUACCUAUUCAAUAGCUAUAACGUUAUACUGCGCUAGCAUUUUCAUGAGUAACUUAGAAGCAACUGACAUAUCUACGCGAACACUCAUUCUAAAGAUGGAUUUCCCGUUCAACAGCGAUACGCGUUUCGUGUAUGGACUGGUAUUAGUCAUACAAUUUUUUUGUACAGUGCUUUACGGUAGCGCUGCUGUCAUGCUAAACGCUCUUCUCAUUGUUUUGGUAUUGCAUUUAGCUGGUCAACUCGAGAUUCUCGGUAAAUGGUUGUCAGACAUCAUUUCAAAGGAUAACGAAUACAGAUUGAGCGUAAAAACGAUAAGGAAAAUAAUUGAAAAACAUCAGAAUAUUAUUAUCUUUUCAAAAAACAUUGAGAAUUUAUAUUCCGACAUUGCGUUGAUUCUAUUCAUGUCAGAUACUUUGAUUAUUUGCUGCAUCGGUUUUUUGCUCGUUAGGUCAAUUGGAAAGCCAGAUUCUGCUACGAUUUUGAUGAAAUCCCUUGGAUUUUACGCCGCAAUGAAUUCUGAAGUAUUUAUGUUUUGUUUCGCUGGAGAAUAUUUAAGCGCAAAGAGCAGAGCAAUCGGAGACGCUGCAUACAAUUCCCAAUGGUACCAGUGCAGAUUUCAAGACAGCCGAAUUAUCUUGUUCCUGAUAAUGAGAUCGCAAAACCAGCUAACGAUUACAAUUGGGAAAUUCAUGGAUCUUUCCUUCGAACGAUUUCUUAAUAUUAUGAAAGCCUCAGCAUCUUAUGUAUCAGUCAUGCUAGCGAUGUAUUAACGACAAAAAUACGAGUGCUUAAAAUAUAAUAACUAUUAAUAAUAUAAUACUCUGACUUAAAAGUGUUACAUCAAAUUAUUAUA